UGGCUCCCGGCUGGAAACAAUGUAGCCGCGGCGCCUUUCCGCCAGCCCCGGGCGCAGGGCAGCGGCAGCUGCAGGAUUUUAUAAACGAAAGAGCACACUCCCGAGGUGGAGCGCUUACUUCCCUUCAAAGGGCCAUGGAGCCGGGCAGCAUUGAUAACUUGUCCAUCCUGUACCAGAGCUCUGACUUCAUUGUGGUCAACAAGCACUGGGAUGUUCGCAUCGACAGCAAGAUGUGGUAUGAGAAGCUGACCCUGCAGAGCCAGCUGAAGUACCGUUUCCCAGAGCUGGCUGACCCAGACACGUAUUAUGGCUUCAGGUUUUGCCAUCAGCUAGACUUUUCCACCAGUGGGGCCCUCUGCGUUGCUCUCAAUAAAGCGGCUGCCGGUAGCGCGUACAAGUGUUUUAAGGAACGGAUGGUGACCAAGGCCUACCUCGCUCUGGUCAGGGGCCACGUGAGCGAAAGCAGAAUGACGAUCCGUUAUGCCAUAGGGAAGAACACGACAGAAGGCAUGACCCACAUGAUGUGUAUUGAAGGGACAGAAGGCUGUGAAAAUCCAAAGCCUUGCCAGUCAGAGCUAAGCGUCCUUGAGCAUGGUUCAUACAGUGGUGACCCUGUAACUAAAGUGCUUCUACAGCCACUGACGGGCCGGACGCACCAGCUCCGGGUUCACUGCAGUGCUGCUGGACACCCCAUAGUGGGAGACUUCACGUACAGCUUUAAGAAGGACAGUAACCCGUACAGAAUGAUGCUCCAUGCUUACUACCUGCGGAUCCCUACCAGGAAGGAACUGAUUGAGGUGAGUGCCCCUGACCCCUUUCUGACCUCUCUGGAUAGCAACUGGGUCCCUCACCAUGUUGUGCAGCAGCUGGAUGAGAUGAUCCAGGAACUGAAGGACAAGACUAUCCGGGCAGAGGAAGAGGAGAGGAACCAGGAAGCAUUGCUUAGUAGUGGAGGAGAGGAGAUGCCGAGCAAAACCAAGACCCUGGAGAGAGAGGAAGAACGAACCAAGUGUGAGCAGUGGUUGGCGGAGUGGGCCUUGGCAUGAGAUGCUGCUGUUGCUGUGCAUUUCAAACCCAAUAUUCCAUUUGCUCACUGUGGGACAUGACAGACAACCCCCCUUCCCCCGCCCAGGACCCAACGCCGCCUCCGCGUCAGCACUUUUUUAUGCCGAGCUAUCUUAGAAUGAAUCCUCCAAGGGUUCAUUUCCGGGUCUGAAAUUUGACUUAUUUUAGCAUCAAGUAGGAUUUUGUUUUUCAUGAGUCAAGCUCCACCCCACCACUGGAUGCACUUUUCCUUGUUCUGCAACUCAGCUGUGGGAUUUGAAUGUCAUGCACCCCAUCAGAAAUGAGGCAGAAGCCCCGGUGGACUGCACCUUUGUAUUAGCGCUAAGCUGCUGGGUGGGCGUCAGCAGAGCUGAUCCAUGUAUGACGCUCCUGCAGAGAAUGGUGGAGCUCCUUUCAAACCUGGAGUACUAAAACAUUGCCAAGAUACAAUCAAUUUAAAGGGAAUCAGUAAUGGAGGAGAGAAGGUGGGGCCCUUAAGCCUUUCUGGGUGGAAUCUUUGGAUCUGCUUUCACUUCCCCAUUCCCGCCUACUGCGUGAUCAUGUCCACUCACUGAGUCCUAUUAGCUAUUGCUGUCUUCCUGUGCAGGGCAUGAAGAAAUAUCCUGCAGCAUUUUGCAUUGCUCCGACUGAAAGGAUGAGAGUCAUGCCAACCAGCCAUGUGCUUUGCCAAUAAAUCCCAAUGUGGGUAAUCCCCAGUUAAAACAGAGCUGCUGGGAGGGUCCUUUAAUUGGAGUGUAGGACUCACUACCUUUCCCAAGUCUGCAUUUAGACCAUUUAUAUUUUUAAAAGGUUUUAAAUUGAUGACUACUAAUGAAUUUUAAACUUUCUAAGGAAAUUUGACACGGGAUACAGUCCUUUAGCAGUUCUGCAGUGCUGUCGGUCUCAGAGGUUUGUAACAUCACACUUCUAGUACAUUGGCACCAGUAGCAGAUUAAAAAUAUCCAACACCCCAAAACUUUUUCCUACAGGUGGUGAGAUUUUAUUACACCCUUUACUUAUAUGCUCCUUUUCUAAGAGCCUCCUCUUGCCUGGAGAUGCACAUGUCACUCCUGCUAUGACUAAAAAUGGGCAUUCCAGGCAAUUCUCAGCAGGAGAACACAACUCUAAAUAAAUUCAUGAGACUCACCUUGUUCUCCUAUCAGAGUAGCAGCCGUGUUAGUCUGUAUCCGCAAAAAGAACAGGAGUACUUGUGGCA